AUGUGGUUUUGUGCGCGACGUGACAGUGCAGAAUCCGCACACGCCAGGUGCGACGGACAAGCACUAACCGGCUGGCCGGACCUAGUUCCGGAAGCCACUCCCGUCUGGCCGGACCCUGUUCCGGAGACGAACCCCGCUCUCCCAGGUCUUGUCCUGGAGGCAACAACUGGCUGGCCGGUCCUAGUACCGGAAGCCACCCCCGUCUGGCUAAACCCUGUUCCGGAGACAACCCCCGCUCUGCCAGGUCUUGCCCUGCAGGCAACAACCGGCUGGCCGGUCCUAGUACUGGAAGCCACCCCCGUCUGGCCGGACCCUGUUCCGGAGACAACCCCCGCUCUGCCAGGUCUUGCCCUGCAGGCAACAACCGGCUGGCCGGUCCUAGUACCGGAAGCCACCCCCGUCUGGCCGGACCCUGUUCCAGAGACGACCCCCGCUCUGCCAGGUCUUGCCCUGCAGGCAACAACCGGCUGGCCGGUCCUAGUACCGGAAGCCACUCCCGUCUGGCUGGAUCCUGUUCCGGAGACGACCUCCGCUCUGCCAGGUCCUGUCCUGGAGGCACCAACCGGCUGGCCGGACCUAGUUCCGGAAGCCACCCUCGUCUGGCCGGAACCUGUUCCGGAGACGACACCCGCUUUGCUAGGUUCUAUCCUGGAGGCACCCGCAUCGCUGGAUUCUUUUCCAGAUUCAACUCAAGCCCUGCCGGGUCUUGUCCCGAAGGCAAUCUCCGACCUGCCGGACCGUGUUCCGGAGGAUUUCAUUGCUCUGCCAAGCCCUGCCCUGGAGGCAAUCGCAUCGCUAGAUCAUCCGGAUGCAACUCAAGCCCUGCCGGGUCCUGUCCCGAAGGCAAUCUACGUCCUGCCGGACCGUGUUCUAGAAGCAGAACCAGAAAGGAACGACGGUUCCGAGAUCAAGCAACAUUCCGCGCCGAAGCUGUACCACCCAGCCAGCCCACCUGAUACAAGCCGUGCCCAUCGGAAGACGGCUCCAACUACAACCAAUCUCAACCCGAACGAGAGAGAGAAUCGCACCAGGCGAGUCUCCGGCAUCUCCCAGAUCGAAGCGCAACAUCGACGUGAAGCUAUGGCACUGCUCGUGAUCGGUGCCCUCCAGAAUCGAUGCGUCGCCGACGAACCAAACCAAACCGAUGAUCGCGAAGCACAAAGGCCACCUGACGAAGGUGCGAUCCAACGGCUCUGGAACCCUGGAGUAGCGCGGCGUACGCAGUCCAGCAAGAACAUCACCCAGGAUCGAGUUCCGUCUGUUGAGAGAACUCAACGGGGGGGAGAAUGUUCGGGACGACCGAAUAGUGUUUGCCCCCACCCGUACGACGAGAACGACUACGCCCCUGCGCAACGGCAGAGCUGUCAUCGACGUCGUCAACAACAACAAGUUUGCCGCUCGAACCGCCUAGCAACAAGAUCGCGUUGA